GCUAUAGAAUAAACAAGAACUUUACUAAUAAAAGAAGAAUGAGAAAAUUAAUUUUCUUCAGUUUUGAGAAAAACAUUUCCUUGUGAGUUAAAUAGUUGGUAAAUUAAAUCCAGAGAAUGUUGCUUCGUUCCUUGUUUGUUCUUUUUAUAACUUUCGUAACAUUCUGCAACGCUGAGGAAGAACUUAUUGAAACAAAGUUAACAGGAAAAACGAUCUAUAUCUCAACAAUAAAGCUUCCGUGGUUCCAAGCUCUUAAUCAUUGUGUUAAAAAUGGCUACACAAUGGUGUCAAUUAAGACAUUUGAAGAGAAUAAAGAACUCCUUAAAGAACUCAAAAGGGUGAUUAGGACAGAAGAUACACAAGUUUGGAUUGGAGGCCUCAAACAUCAUCAAUUUGCAAACUUUCGUUGGGUAAGCGAUGGAAGCCACGUAGCAACAGCUUCAGGGUACACCAAUUGGGCCCCAGGGGAGCCAGCUGAUUCCUUCUAUUACGAUCAAUUUUGCAUGGCGAUGUUGUUCAGAAAAGGCAGCGCUCCGUGGGAUGAUUUGAAUUGUUGGGUUAAGAAUCUUUUUGUUUGUGAAAAACGAGAUGAUUGAGAGGCUAUUUUUGUUAUCUCACCGUUUUGUUGAAUAAAAAAGAAGAAGAAAGACA